AUGUGGCGUAUCUCCCAUCGGCAUUUCAGGCUGCGCUCCCGACGUGGCUUUGCUUUUCGCAGUGAGUUCCUCAAUGGAGGCUUUGGUGCACUGCUCCAAGACCUGCAUGGUGCAGACGCCAGCCACUUGCGGCGGCCAGAGGUAGGGGAGGCACUGCGCCACGCUUGGCUGCAGGCCAGGUUGCUUGUCAUCAGAGGUUUAGAUCUUAGUCCUGAUGACUUUGCAGCCAUCAGCCGCCACUUCGGACCUCUUGGGCCUGUUCCAGCGGGCCGGGACCAUGCGAAGCUGGGGCCAGGUGGAUGCAUUCUUCGCAUUGGGAACAUACGGGACCACACUGGCAACCUUAUCUCACAACCAUCUUCGACUAAGGAAGAUGUUUUGGCACAAGAUGGAUCUUGCCAAUAUCGCCCAGCGGAGCGUUUGCCAGUGUGGCACACAGAUGGCACUUUUAAGGAGAAGCCGGAUGCAGGUACAGCACUCUAUUGCCAUCGUGCACCACCGGAGGGCGGUGCUACAUGCUUUGCUGAUGCUGCGUCUGCCUGGGACGGGCUACCUUUUUCUCAACAGGAGCGACUACUGAAGUUGGAGUGCCUUUGCAGCCUGACUCACCAUGACGCGAAGAUCAAGAAACGUAAUCCGGACUAUCCCAUGCUCACAGAAGAGGAGCGCAAAAGAAAUCCACCGCGACGUGUUCCGCUGGCCCUCAAACAUCCAGAGACAGGCCGACAUGCAAUUUAUGGCAUCAAUUCCAGCACUUGCUGUGUUCUUGAGCACGAUCAAGAGCCCCAACUGAAGCGGGAAAGUGCAUCCGCCAUCUGA